GCGGAGACUCGCAACACAAACGGGCGGUGCAAAACCCGAUUCCAUCAUCACCAACAUCAUCAUCAUCACACUGGACCUGCAAAGAUCAGCCGUGAAAGAGCGUCGCAAGCCGCAUCGGCCAUUGACCGCACAUCAGCACGGGCGUCAAGACAUCAGAUCCGCUGGCAAUGGCAGGGAUUCUGGCGUGGUUCUGGAACGAGCGCUUCUGGCUCCCGCACAACGUAACCUGGGCUGACUUGAAAAAUACAGACGAGUCAACCUUUCCACAAGCCGAGGAUCUGUAUCUGGCGUGUCCUUUAGCAUUCUGCAUGUUUAUGAUCCGGCUGGUCUUUGAGAGGUUUAUUGCAAGGCCAUGUGCACUAGGUCUGAAAAUCCAGGCCAACGGGCCGCAGAAGGCUCAGCCCAACGCUAUUCUGGAGAAGGUCUUCACUGCCAUCACCAAGCACCCCGAUGAGAAGAGGUUAGAGGGUCUGUCCAAGCAGCUGGACUGGGAUGUGAGGACAAUCCAACGCUGGUUCAGACAACGACGCAACCAGGAGAAGCCGAGCACGCUGGCGCGCUUCUGCGAGAGCAUGUGGAGGUUUACGUUUUACCUGUACAUAUUUACUUACGGCGUGCGCUUCCUGAAGAAGAGUCCGUGGCUGUGGAACACCCGAGAGUGCUGGUACAACUACCCCUAUCAGCCAUUAACGGUGGAUUUGCAUUACUACUACAUACUGGAGCUGUCCUUCUAUCUGUCGCUGCUCUUCUCGCAGUUCACAGACAUCAGAAGAAAGGACUUCCUCCUGAUGUUUCUGCAUCAUGUGGCCACCAUCUCUCUGAUCACCUUCUCAUAUGUGAAUAACAUGGCUCGGGUGGGAACGCUGGUCAUGUGCCUGCACGAUGCUGCCGACGUCCUGCUGGAGGCUGCUAAAAUGGCCAACUACGCCAAAUGCCAGAGACUCUGCAACGUCCUGUUCGUCAUGUUUGCCCUGGUGUUCAUCAGUUCCAGGCUGGGAGUGUAUCCUGUAUGGAUUUUAAACACCACCGUGUUUGAGAGCUGGGAGAUUGUUGGGCCGUACCCGUCGUGGUGGGUGUUUAACGUGCUGCUCGUCCUGCUGCAGGCCCUGCACACCUUCUGGUCGUACCUCAUAGUGCGCAUCGCCUGCAGGGCCAUUUCCAGAGGAAAGGCGGGAAAGUGGAAUCCUUUACAUGUGUCAAAGGAUGACCGCAGUGACAUUGAGUCCAGCUCUGAUGAAGACGAGGUUCUUCAUCCCUCUCAGAAACACCACACUAACGGGACCAACGGCGCCCAUGGCACCAACGGCUACCUGUCCUCGUCUCCAUGCCCAGACGAACACUAACCGUCCGCCCAGCAUGGAGGACGUUUCACGGGGCCCCAGCUGCAUCACUCUCCGUUGUGUCAAAUCAUGUAUGAACAUUACCGGUCCCGUACUGGAACUUCUCAAUAAUGUGAAUGCGGUUCUGUUUCGGUUGGUCGCUUUUCACCAUUUCCCCCAGAUGUUUUGUGUUACAUUUGUUUGCUUUUGUUUUUGUGGUUGUUUAUCCUGCGACAUUUGUUAUCGAAGCACCUUUUAGAUUCAGUGCGGCUCAUUCUUUGGUUUCGAGCAGGUGAAUGAAAGUGGCGUUAUUUCUUUCAUAAUCACGUCAGCAUGCUGCUGCGGUCAUGUAUUCUGGCAUCAUGGGAAUAGUAGUUUUCUUGUAUUAGUGUUUCUAUUUAUUUUUUGUAUCUUAAAUAAAUUUGCAUUUUCUGUGCUUUUUUUUUUAUGUUUAAACAUACGUUCCCCUUUUUCCACGACAAGAUGUUGGUGCUGAAGCUGGUGCCUAUUCUAGAAACACUCUGGGUGCAAGUCCGUCAUUACCAUCAUAGUUCGAUGAUUUGGUGUUUCCUGAAUUUAUAUUUCCAAUGAACAUUUCCAAAAAGUAUCGCAAAGUUGUGUAGUUGAAACUACAGCCUUAUAUCUGUGGUUAGAAGCAUUUUCAGCUAACAAACCUAUGUUCUAUAAACGUUUUUCUUACAUUCCUAUUAAGUUAUAAAAACAGUUUCUUAAUGUUUAAAAUUCACUUUUUUUAAAAUACGUUUUAGAAUUUUUUUCUUGGUUAGAUCGUUACUGAAACAUUCCAAUUUUUAAACAUUAUGGGAACAUUACUUUUAAAUUUCUAUUUAAAAAACAUUAGAUAAGCAUCCCAAGAAGUUUCCCAAAACAUACCAUAUGUAAGUACAGUACUGUGUCAGUGUCGAAUACUUGAGUUCGUGCAUUCCAAAAGAAAAUUCAAUUCAAAACGCAACAUUUCAACUAGCUACACAAACACUGAGAAUUUAAUAGUACAGACAUCACUUCCAGAAUGAAAAUUUCCUGAUAAUGUACUCACCCCCAUGUCAUCCAAGAUGUUCAUGUCUUUCUUUCUUCAGUUGAAGUUUUUUGAGGAAAACAUUCCAGGAUUUUUCUCCAUAUAGUGGACUUUAGAGGGUGUCAGCGGGUUGAAGGUCCAAAUUGCUGUUUCAAUGCAGCUUUCUGCAUGAUCCCAGCUGAGGAAUAAGGGUCUUACCAAGCGAAACAAUCUGUCAUUUUCCAAGAAGAAUUCAGAUUUAUAUACUUUUAGCCACAAAUGCUCAUCUUGCAAUAACCUGACCUCACACAUUACGUAAUCACGCACACAUAACAUAGGCGGAAGUAAAGACCCAGUGUUUACAAAGCAAACGUGCAAUCAAAGGUAUCAAAGGUAUUUUAGGAAAAAAAAGUAAAACAACAACGUUGGACGAUUUUGUUGGAGAAAAUGAGAUGAGUUUUUCGGCCUACCCCACCUUUUUGAAACAAAGUACACAGACGAAGAACUGCACAUGACGAAGCACAUGACUUUUCCGUAAUGCGUGAAGAUGUGCAUUUUUUUUUUUUUUUUUUUUAAGAAAAUGACAGAUUGUUUCACUAGAUAAGACCUUUAUUCCUCAGCUGGGAUCAUGUAGAGCCCUUUGAAGCUGCAUUGAAACUGCAAUUUGGACCGUUUUCCUUAAAAAACUUAAUUUCUUUCAACUGAAGAAAGGCAUGAACAUCUUGGAUGACAAGGGAAUGAGUAAAUUAUCAGUAAAUAAUCAGGAAAUCAGUAAAUUAUCAUGAACUAAUCCUUUGACCCCUUUCCCCUUUAACCCCUGUGUUACAGUAAAUUUUCUUUACAAUAAAUGUAAACUUCUACAACUUUUUAAUAGUUUCAUUUUUUAAUGAUUUCACUUGAAUGAUCUGCUGAUUGUCUUCUUUAAAAAGAGAUCAAUUGGUAAUAUGGUAAUAGCUGGGUUUAUUCGCCAGUUUGCAUACUGAGAUUUGUUACCGCCAAAAUAACUGCAUUGCAAGUAUUCACAUUGCAUUUGUACUUGCAUAAAAUGUUUGUGGCCUUAAAUCUGUUCAAAUAAGAAAUUAGAUCACUUGCAUUAUCGUCAACAAAGCAGUCAAUGUUUGAUGCAAUGACUUGCACGGCAACUUCAGAUGCUAUAUUUAAGCACUGGUUAUUUGUAGCAAGGUUAUGCAGUAAAAAUCAUGUACGACAUCAUUGCAGCUCUUAAGUUGAAGUUGAGAGAUUCACAGAUCCCCCUGCAGCACCGGCUCCGACAUGAGCACCAACAUCAUUUUCAUGGAAAAGGGGUAAAAGUGUUUUUAAAUGGCAGUCAAUCAGUUUGCUCAAAAUAAUCAUUUGUUCAAAUGAAUCACUAUGAACUAGUGGUUUAUAGCAAAUCACUUACAUUUCUUCACCAAGCAUAUUUUCACAAGUACACUAGCGUUUAAAGAUUGGGGUUGGUAAGAGAUUUUUUCAGUUUUUGAAAGAAAACGUCUUUGUUCUGCUCAACAAGGCUGCAUUUAUUUGAUCAAAAAUACAGUAAAAACUGUAAUAUUGUGAAAUAUUAUUACAAUUUAAAAUAACUGCUUUCUAUCUGAAUAUGUUUUAAAAUGUAAUUUAUUUCUGUGCUGCAAAGCAGAAUUUUCAGCAUCAUUACUCCAGUGUUCAGUGUCACAUGAUCCUUCAGAAAUCAUACUAAUAUUCUUAGUAUUAUCACAGUGUUAAAAAGAGUUGUGCUGCUUCAUAUUUUUGUGAAAGCCAUGAUACAGUUGUAAGUGAAAAAGAACAGCAUUUAUUUGAAAUAGAAGACUUUUGUAACAUUAUAAAUGUCUUUGUUACUUUUGAUCAAUUUAAUGCAUCCUUGUCAAAUAAAAGUAUUAAUUUCUUUCAAAAUAAAAAUCUUGCAGACUCCAAACUUGUGUGGAACGGUAGUGUACAUUGAUAACAGGAAGCUGUAUCAGCCUUUCAGGUGCUGGAAAGAAAAGGGACAACUAUUGUGUAUUUUACUGAGAAAUCUUGCCUGUCUUUGAAAAAACAUAUUGGAUUUUGCUUCGUUUAAGGAAAGUGUUUUAGUAGGAAAUUUGCACCUGUGGAAAGUGUUUGUGUUUUUUUCCAGGAAAGUAUUCCAGUGUGAUUUCUAAUCUAAUCUAAUGUCCUAUGAUUAUAUUUGAUAAUUAUUUCUCAAUGAAUCCCAAUCAUAUUUCCAAAUAGAUUUGGCUUUAUUGCGCUCACACCUCAGAAACAAGGUACAUAUGAGAUUACGAAAUAUAUCAAACUAUCACACUGUUUGAAUGAACAUACAUACAUGCACUUUGAUGAAUAAGUGGCACCAAACACUGGUCUUAUUUGUUACUGUUAUGUUGUUUGUUUGUUUUUUAAUGAUCUUUUUUUGAGUUUAGAAUAAAAGAUUCUUCCGGUUUCCGGUUAUCAUUCAGCUGAGCUUUAUUUGAAGCUUUGAUUCGAGUGUUUUGAUGCUGUUUCUUUCAAUGUUGGGAGGUUCGCUGCUGCUGUCUGUUUUGAGCUGGAGAAGCGCUACAGCUAAUUAGCCGUCAUCUUAUUUGCACUGCAGACAGGUUGCUGUGUUAUGUGGUUUACAUUUGAUGUCAAAAAGGUGAAGAAUUAAAAAAAAAAAAAAAGAAAGAAAGAAAAAGACAACUGUAUUCUCUGCCUUUGCUGGAAAACUGAUUAUCAGCGGUACUAAUGAAUUAUGUUGCCAUGUAUUUUAAAUAAACACAACAGACCAAAA